AUGACACCCGAAAGAGUACCACCAUUUUCCCCUGAGAGGCCUAUCCGGCCACUCCCCAAGCGAAUGCUGCGAGAGAAGUUGUCGCCUGAAGCUAUCCGAACGAUUCAAUACCCCCGCGCGACCAUGUACAGAAUCCCUUUAGACGUUCACCCCCCCGGCUACCCAAUACCUAAUAUCAGGCUUCCACUGUCUGAUUUGUCGAAAACAUUGGGGGAAUCUGAGAAGCUAGCGAAUGGAGCACCCAGUAGUGUGGAAUCAUUCUAUCUCCACGCUCGCGAGCCAUUCGCUAUUGCUUCCUCCAUGGCAAGACAGCCCCGGCAAGAACAUACCAAGUAUAAGCUGCCACUCGAUCCAGGAACGACCUCAGGCCAAAACAUCUCAGCUGCUUCGUCGAUGGAUGGCUACGAUUCACUGGAAAAUACCAAUAACAAAAAGAAACGAAAGAUUCCGUCGGCGGCAGAUACCCUAUUGCGAGGGGGCGUUUUUUCCAACAACAGCUCCGUCGACAUGUUAGAGCAAGGAAGUGGAACGGACGAUGGGAGCAAAUCGGCCGCUCAUGGACCAGCCGUCCCUAAGUCCCCAUCUACGCAUAAUGAUGGAAUCUCUGGCUCCGGGCGCGGAAGACUAAGCCGUGUAGUGCCUUCAAGAACCCCAUUGAUGACCCUUUCCGAUGGGAAUAAUACGUGGCCAAGCCGGUCAAUGAAGACAGAGUUGUAUCAUCUCGGGACCAGUCACGGAACAAGCGGCAUCAUUUCAAAUGCCAUCGCAAAUGCAGAGCGACUGGCCCCCUCUGGACAGGAAAACGCGGGUAGCCUCCUACGACAGCACGCAGACUCCGAGAAAACUACGCCGAUAGCUUCGCAGUUUACAUUCACCUGCGGAUUACAGGUGGCUAGUACAGCGUCUUGGCCCGAUACCCUAACUGCGAUGAACGGCUUUGCGGAAAGCCCGCAGUCAGAGCAUUUGGAUAAAAGCAGAUAUGCCCUAACAGACGCGCCAUCCGACAACAAAGCCACAAAAGAAGGACGGGGGAGAUCACGGGCCAACGGUCGUCAGCUCGAGAGAGAUAUCGUGCUGGCCGCCCGCGAUCGUCGGCAAGCCGCUGUGGAUUCUUACCAUCACAAUCCGCCAAGACCCGAAGAUGUCUGGAUAUAUCGCCGAAGUCGCCAAGAAGAGGCGGAUAGGCGGCGUCUGUUGGAUAAAGCCAAAGCAAAGAGCCGGAAGGGUAGGAAAGGCAGCAAGGCGGUCAAGGGGACACAGCCGGCAACUCAAGACCUGAAUCACGGACCAGAGGAUCAUGCUGUAGCAGAAGCUGCUCCGAUGGAGCCUGGCCACUGUCACUCCGCACGAUCGGAAGUCGAUUAUGAGGACAGGGUUGAUGGUCACCGGCCCCAGGACCCUCCUGACAUACCGGAACUGCUUGCCAAUGGUUCAGUACCGGAAGGUGUUCCUAUAGACUGA